CUUCCAGGCAUGGCUCCGCAAAUUACCUCUAUGAAUGUUAAGUUGCCACUUAAUAUGAUGUCAAGAAAUAAUUUGGAAGCAUCUACUUGUAAAAUGACAGAACCAUUUAAUUUUGAGAAAAAUGAAAGCAAGCUUCCGCCACAUGAUUCUUUAAGAAGUCCUGGAGCACAUCCUAACCAUCCUAAUUUCAGGUUGAAAAGCCCAGAGAACGGAAAUAAAAAGAAAAAUUUUUUGCUUUGUGAGCCAACAAAACAGUAUUUGGCUACUCAAGAAGACAGUUUGCUAUCUUCAAACCUUAAUGGCAUCAAUGGGGAGGUGCUUGGAUCUAAAGGAGACAGGAAGAAAUUGCCAACAGGAAAUUCGGUGUCGCCAUUAAAAAUUGGAAAUAAUUCACCACCCAAAGAAAUAAAUCCUAAGUGCAGCAAUAAUGUGCCUCUUGGAAAGUCAAAAAAGUUACACAAGUUGGUUGAGAAUUCCUUGUCCGUAAAUAAUCCGGCGCUCUUCAACUCCUUAGGACCUCCUCUUCGGUCAAGGACUUGCCAUCGCUGUGGCCUGUUUGGCUCGCUGAGGUGCUCUCAGUGCAAGCAGACAUACUACUGCUCCACUGCGUGUCAGAGAAGAGACUGGUCAGCGCACAGCAUCGUAUGCAAACCUGUUCAGUCAAGUUUCCACAAACUUGAAAAUAAUAAAUCACCUUUUGAAACAAAGAACCUGGAAGUGAAAAAUGAGAGGGACUAUCCACUUGGAAUUACUAAAGAGAUAGCCCUUUGUCCUGAGAAAAUAAUGUUGUCUGAUUUGAGAAGUCUACAGCUCAAGAAAACCAUGGAAAUGAAGGGUACAGUUACUGAAUUCAAACACCCAAGUGACUUUUAUGUGCAGUUAUAUUCUUCAGAAGUCUUAGAAUACAUGAAACAACUCUCUGCGAGCUUAAAAGAGACAUAUGCAAAUGUGAUGCAUGAAGAUGAUUACAUUCCUGUUAAGGGGGAAAUUUGUGUUGCCAAGUACACUGUUGAUCAGACCUGGAACCGAGUCAUCGUACAAGAUGUUGACAUGCUGCAGAAGAAGGCACAUGUCUUGUAUAUUGAUUACGGAAAUGAAGAGAUCAUUCCAGUAAACAGAAUUUACCAACUGAGCAGAAACAUUGGCUUGUUUCCUCCUUGUGCCAUAAAGUGCUUUGUAGCCAAUGUUAUCCCAGCAGAGGGGAAUUGGAGCAAUGAGUGUAUCAAAACUGUUAAACCACUGUUAAUGGAGCAGUACUGCUCUAUAAAGAUCCUGGACAUCUUGAGAGAAGAUGUGGUCACCUUUGCUAUAGCUGUUAUGCUGCCAAGUUCAGGAAAACUCCUAGACUGCAUGCUUAUAGAAAUGGGAUAUGGCUUGAAACCCAAAGGACAAAAUCCUAAGAAGCAAAGUGAGGAUCAAAGUGACCCUGAAGACGUUGGGAAAAUGUCAGCUGAGAACAAAAUUGUUGUAGACAGAAGUGACCUUAUCCCCAAAGUGUUAACUUUGAAUGUAGGUGAUGAGUUUUGUGGUGUGGUUGCCCACAUUCAAACGCCAGAAGACUUCUUUUGUCAACAGCUUCAAAGUGGCCAUAAGCUUGCUGAGCUCCAGGCAUCCCUUAGUGAGUACUGCGGUCAGGUGCCUCCACGCUUCGACUUCUAUCCAACCAUCGGUGAUAUAUGUUGUGCUCAGUUCUCAGAGGAUGAUCAGUGGUACCGUGCCUCUGUUUUGGCUUAUGCUUCUGAAGAAUCUGUAUUGGUCGGAUACGUAGAUUAUGGAAACUUUGAAAUCCUUAGUUUGACAAGACUUUGUCCUAUAAUUCCAAAGUUAUUGGAAUUGCCAAUGCAAGCUAUAAAGUGUGUGCUGGCAGGAGUAAAGCCAUCAUUAGGAAUUUGGACUCCAGAAGCUGUGUGUCUCAUGAAAAAAAUUGUGCAGAACAAAAUGAUCACGGUGAAAGUGGUGGAGAAGUUGGAAAACAGCUCCCUGGUGGAGCUGGUGGAUGAAUCUGAGAGGCCUCACAUCAGUGUUAGCAAAGUCCUCAUGGACGCAGGCUUUGCCUUAGGGGAGAAGGGGAGACUGACAGAUAAACCCAGUGAUGUGAAAGAAGCCAGUGUUCCCUUGGGUGUAGAAGGAAAGGUAAAUCCCUUGGAGUGGAUGUGCGUUCAACUUGCUGUUGACCAGACAGUCGAUGUUGUGGUGUGUAUGAUAUAUAGUCCUGCAGACUUCUAUUGCCACGUGCUUAAGGACAACACUUUAGAGAAACUCAAUGAUUUGAACAAAUCUCUAGCAGAGCAUUGCCAGAAGAAGUUGCCUAGUGGUUUUAAGGCAGAAAUAGGGCAACCGUGUUGUGCAUUUUUUGCAGGUGAUGGUAAUUGGUAUCGUGCUUUAGUCAAGGAAAUCUUACCAAAUGGACAUGUCAGAGUACAUUUUGUGGAUUAUGGAAAUGUCGAAGAAGUUACGACAGAUGAACUCCAAGUGAUACCAUCAGAGUUUUUAAAACUUCCAUUUCAAGGGAUACAAUGCUGGUUAGUAGAUAUACAGCCUGGAAACAAACACUGGUCUAAAGAAGCCACAGCAAGAUUUCAGAUGUGUGUUGCAGGAAUAAAAUUGCAAGCCAGAGUGGUCGAAGUCACAGAAAAUGGGGUGGGGAUUGAACUCACUGAUCUUUCCACUUCUUAUCCCAGAAUAAUUAGUGAUGUUCUGAUUGAUGAACAUCUGGUCUUAAAAGCUUGUUCCCCACACAAAGAUCUGCCAAAUAACAGACCAGUUAAUAUGCAUGAUCUUCAAAUUGAGCUACUAGGACUUCAAGACAUCCGUUCAGCUGAGCAGUGGAAGACUAUAGAAUUGCCAGUUAAUAAAACUGUACAAGCAAACAUACUGGAAAUCAUGAGCCCAAACUUGUUUUAUGCUCUACCAAAUGAGAUGCCAGAAAAUCAGGAAAACCUGUGUUUAUUGACAGCUGAAUUGUUAGAACAUUGUAACACUCAGAAAAGUCAACCAUCCUAUAGACCAAGAAUUGGAGAUGCAUGCUGUGCCCAGUACACAAAUGAUGAUUUCUGGUAUCGAGCAGUUGUUCUGGAGACAUCAGACACGGAGGUUAAGGUGCUCUAUGCAGACUAUGGAAACAUGGAAACCUUGCCUCUUUCCCGCGUGCAGCCAAUUGCUUCCAGCCACCUGGAACUUCCUUUCCAAAUUAUUAAAUGUUCUCUUGAAGGACUAAUGGAAUUGAAUGGAAGCUCCUCUCAAUUGAUAAUAGUGCUACUAAAAAAUUUUAUGUUGAAUCAGAAUGUAAUGCUUUCUGUGAAAGGAGUUACUAAGAACGUCCAUACAGUGUCAGUUGAGAAAUGUUCUGAGAAUGGUACUGUCAGUGUCGCUGAUAAGCUCGUGGCGUCUGGUCUGGCAAAAAACAUCACGUCUACAAAGCAAAGUGUUUUAAAUAAAGAAAAGAUGCAUAGAAUGAACUGCUGCUGUGCAGAGUUACAGAAGCAGGUUGAAAAACAUGAACAGAUUCUUCUCUUCCUCUUAAACAAUCCAACAAAUCAAAAUAAAUUUAUCGAAAUGAAAAAACUGUUAAAAAGUUAA